AUGUUUCUUUGCCCACUACGCCGGCCACUACGGUUUACCAGUACUUCUACUAAAAACACGUCAACUCUUCUCAGAGCCCAGUUGGAUUUGAAUGACAUUGUACAGAGCCCUCAAGAAUAUAAACAAUCCAUCUCUAGACGUCGACUACCUGAGAGUUUGAUUGAAAAUGUCGAUUUUAUUGUUGACAUGAGACAUGCCCAAUCAGCAAAUUAUUCCAAGCUCAAUGCAUUGAAGAGGCAGAGGACGGAAUUGGCAGAACAAUUGCAAAAGAAGGCCCCGAACUUUGCCUUGGUCAAGUCCCAAUUGCAGGACUUGAAACCUUUGAUAAAAUCAUUGGAAAAAGAAGUCAAGGAGGUACAAGAGGAAAUAUAUAGCAAAGCAGAGGCAUUACCUAAUUUGCUUGACCCUACUGUUCCUGAAAGUGAGACUGAAGAAGAAUUGGUGCGGUAUGUAAACACAUCGAGUCAUGAAGUUGACAAGUUUACUACUGGCCCUGACCUUCGCAGAGAUCACAAAACCAUUGGCGAAGGCUUUGGAUUGUUUGAUUUUGCGACCGCUUCGAGGGUAUCAGGACCUUCGUGGUAUUAUUUAUUAGGUGAUGGGGCAUUGCUCGAACAAGCAUUGGUGCAAUAUGCUCUAGCAAAAGCUCGGCAACAUGGGUACAAAAUGGUUGUUCCACCUUCAAUUGUAAAGUCUGAAAUUGUACAUGCCUGUGGGUUCAAACCCAACGAUCAGAGUAAUGAGAAACAAAUCUACCAAAUCGAGGACGAGCCCAGGUCAUUGACAGGAACUGCUGAAAUCCCAUUGGGCGCGCUUCAUUCCUCGACUAUUUUCCCAUCAGGAACCAAGUUCCCCAUCAAGUACGCAGGUGUUUCAAGAUCGUACCGAGCAGAAGCUGGAGCCAGUGGCAAGGAUACCAAAGGGUUGUACAGAGUCCAUGAAUUCACCAAAGUAGAACUAUUUCACUUCACAACGUUGGACAAAGCCAAAAAUGAGCUUGAAGGUAUCAAAGAUUUUCAACUUCAGAUUAUAGAGGAGUUGGGGUUGAAAGCCCGUUUGCUAAACAUGCCAACAUCGGACUUGGGAUCACCAGCUAUGAAAAAGUAUGAUAUUGAAGCUUGGAUGCCAGGGAGAGGUUCUUGGGGCGAGGUGACUAGUUGUUCAAAUUGUGGAGACUACCAAUCAAGAAGACUUGGUAUCCGCUUCAAUGGGGAGGAUAGCAAAGUCGAACAUGUUGCUACGCUAAAUGGAACCUGUAUGGCGGUACCAAGAGUAAUUGUCGCGCUAAUUGAACAAAAUUAUGAUGUAGAGAGGGAUGCCAUACGAAUUCCAAAAGUGUUGCAGCCGUUCAUGGGUGGGAGGUACAUCAUAGCCAGACAUGAAUAG